AGACCGAGGGAGGAGGUGGAGGUUGAAUGCAGGUGUUGUGCGCGCGUUGGAGGCGGUCAAUGCGUGCAGAGCUCAUGCUGGCAGGCAUGAAGGAGACGUGCGGAACUUAUUUGGAGAACCAGCUGGAAAGGCACUACGGAAUUACUUCUCCCAUUAGUUUGGCACCACCAAGGGAAAUAGAUUACAUCUAUUCACAGAAAUUGAUUGAAGCCCUGAAGCCUUUUGGUAUAUUUGAAGAGGAAGAAGAGCUGGAUUGCAGGUUAGCUGUUCUUGACAAACUAAAUAACUUGGUUAAGCACUGGAUUGCAGAAGUUGCUGAAAAUAAGAACUUGCCAUCUUCAAUUUCAUCCAGAGCUGGUGGCAAAAUAUUCACAUUUGGUUCCUAUCGGCUUGGAGUCCACACCAAAGGUGCUGACAUAGACGCUCUCUGUGUAGCCCCAAGACACAUAGAAAGAUCAGACUUCUUCCAGUCAUUUUUUGAAAGGUUAAAGCUCCAAGAUGGCAUCAGAAAUCUGAGAGCAGUAGAAGAUGCAUAUGUACCAGUAAUCAAGUUUGAAUUUGAUGGUAUUGAGAUUGAUCUCGUCUUUGCAAGACUACCCCUGUCAAGCAUUUCAGAUAGCCUGGACCUUAGGGAUGAUGCACAUUUGAGAACCCUUGAUAUCAGAUGCAUUCGCAGUUUAAAUGGUUGCAGAGUCACUGAUGAAAUACUUCAUUUGGUACCAAACAAGGAGAACUUCAGGCUGACACUCAGAGCAAUUAAACUGUGGGCUAAGCGGCGUGGAAUUUAUUCCAACAUGCUGGGAUUCCUUGGUGGUGUUUCUUGGGCCAUGCUGGUGGCAAGGACCUGUCAGCUGUACCCAACUGCUUUGGCAUCAACCCUUGUUCACAGAUUCUUCUUAAUUUUUUCAAAGUGGGAGUGGCCCAAUCCUGUCUUGCUGAAACAACCUGAAGAGAGCAAUCUCAACUUGCCUGUCUGGGACCCCAGGGUAAAUCCAGCUGACCGAUAUCAUCUAAUGCCCAUUAUCACUCCAGCCUAUCCACAGCAGAACUCCACAUAUAAUGUGUCCACAUCAACCCGAGCAAUCAUGGUGGAAGAAUUCAAGUACGGUCUCACGGUUACAGAUGAAAUUCUUCAAGGAAAGUCGGAUUGGCCAAAGCUGCUUGAGCCACCCAACUUUUUUCAAAAGUAUAAGCACUAUAUUGUAUUGACUGCUGUUUCUUCAACCGAAGAACAUCAUUUGGAAUGGGUUGGCUUGGUGGAGUCUAAAAUCCGUGUGCUUGUUGGACACUUGGAGAGAAAUGAAUUCAUUACUCUAGCCCAUGUAAAUCCACAGUCCUUCAGUGGGAACAGGGAUCAGUACAAAGAAAGUGAUUAUGUGUCAAUGUGGUUUCUGGGAAUAAUUUUUAAGAAACUGGAGAACACAGAGAGUGUAAGCGUUGACUUAACUUAUGAUAUCCAGUCAUUUACAGAUACAGUUUAUAGGCAGGCAAACAAUAUCAACAUGUUGAAAGAAGGCAUGAAGAUUGAAGCUACUCAUGUGAGGAAGAAACAACUCCAUUUUUAUUUACCAGCAGACUUCUUGCAGAAGAGGAAAAAGAGCGUGCCUGAUCUUGGUGGACAUGCUUAUGGGGUCAUGUUGAAAAAGACAAUGGAAAAUGAUAGUGGUUUGGACACUUACAGCAGUGCAGAAGUUACCACACAGUGCAGUAGUGUUCCCUCAUUCAACAACGUGGUGGAAUAUUGCAGUACAUCUUUUUCAAAAGGGAUAGAAAGGUCUGAUGUCUUUCAAAAAACUACUAUAUCUGAAAGGCAAGAGAAACCAAGGACCAUCACUCAGUCAGCGAUGUCUGUACCAGGCUUGAAUCUUACAGCUUCAGCAAACACAACUCUGCCUUUAAGUUCCGGUAGUGUCUCCAUGGCCAUAGAGCAGAAUAAAACUCCUCCAACUAUCAUCCUUGAUCCUACUCAUUCCCAGGAACACCUAGAUGACAUAGGUUCUAUUAAAAAUAACUCUACACAUAAGAGAGAUCACUCACCAAUCUCUGAAGAUUGUUUUAAGCGGCUGAAAGAUGUAGACCAGCACAGCCUUAACAACACCCUGGCUCUUCCAACCUUUGAUACACAAAGAUCACAGCGGCUUUCUAGUAAAGAAUUGCCAGAUUCAUCUUCCCCAAUUCCAGCAAGUGGUAUGGUUCGUGUUGUCAAAAACUCCAUCAGACUGACUCUUAAUCGAUAGCAGUGCUUUACCAGGCAUCCUGAAGUUACUGUAUCCAUACUACUAAAAUAGAAAGCAACACUCAAAGAAUGAAGACGGAGACUGCAUCCAAAGGGUACAAUCUCAGCUCCGGCUUGGAUCUCUCAUGACAGCUGGGAACUUCCUGAAUCACUGCUCCGAGCUGGCUUCGAGGCAGUGCUUAGUGGACCAAUAUUGGCAUUAUACAUAGCAUCCCUCCUUCUUUAAAAUGGCUUAAUCUUCUAUAGAUUUCUCUCUUCAGGUAUUACACUGUCAUAAUUGUAAAAUUUCAAACUGCUAGUCCUCCAAAAUGUGUGGUGUGUGGGUAUUCUUCUAGUGUAAAGCUUAUUCCCUUCAUUUGGACCUUUAUGUUCACUGUGCAAAUGCAUAGCUUUAUUUUAAGUCUUGAAUUGUUCUUUGUUAUGAAAAACCCAAAAAAAUAUUUCUUUCCUUUAUUUUUUCCUAAAGGGGAUGGCAUGCAGAGUACUUUGCCCUGGUGUGUUUCUAAAUUGUUAUUAAUGUCAGUUCAGUACAGGGGUGCAGGUAGUCUGAAGCUCUCUCUUAAAUAUAUUCUUAACACUGUUGUUUUAAACCAAAAAUCCACAACUAGUCUCCAUGGUAUGCUUGCUGGUGAUCUGCAUAGCAGGUCGCCAUAGGGGUUCUCAUAAAGUGAAAAAUGCACAGGAGUAUGUGUGUAUAUAUUGGAGGUACUUCUCCUUUAAAA